UAUAUGACCCAUAUUUGACCCAUCCAUAUCACCCUAAAGUGCGAAUCGAAAUAGUCUUCAAUCGUUGCGAGAUUACUUAUAACAUGCGACAUUAAUAUGCACAUUCGUGAUCGAGCGAACAAUCGGUGUAUUAUUUAUUAUUGAGCAUCUUCACUAUGCAAAUUAUAAACCUCGGCGAUUAUCCGCCGAUUAUUCGACAUCUUCCUGAUGAUCGUUUAACGAGUUUGCAAUCAAUAUUAACGCGGAUUUGAAAUUAUAUGCGUAUCCUAAAAAUGGCCUCGAAUAAGCUUCGGACAAAAAGCGUUGCGAUGAUAAAAUGAAAAACUAAUCACAUUUUCGUUGAUAUAAAUUCAUUUGCAUUUAUAAGAGGAUAAAACGCAUUGCUUUUCAUUUAAACGCUAGAAAAUGCAGAGAUAUCAAUAAAUAUAAUCGAGCUGAAAACAAUUUCAAUGGAAGUUCCGAAAAGAAAAAAGAAAUUCUUUCUUAAAGUCAAAGUCGUCAGAUUUAAUUCUUGUCCCGUAAGUUCAAUUGUUUCCUUAAAAAAUGAUGAAAAUGUAGAGAUAUCAGUGAACAUAAUCGAAUUAUAAACAGUUUCGGUGGAAGUUCCGAAAAGAAAAAAAAAAAAAAAGGGAAACGAAGUUCUUUCUUAAAGUCAAAGUCGUGAGAUUUAAUUCUUGCGUCGUAGGUUCAAUUGUUUCCUUAAAAAAUGAUUAUGACAGUGGUACACGUGAUAGAAAAAUCUAAAUAGCAGUUAGCAGGCCAACAGGAAAUAUCUUCCGGCAAUCAAGAUGGCCACCCAUUCAGAUGUGCACGUGAUGGGUCUUAGGAUUGUUUGUUUCAAAGAAAUAAUUCAUGCAAUGAUUACACGCGUUGAGGAAAAUUCAAGUAAUAGGAGGUUAAGAUCAAUCUAUACGAUAAAAUCAGCGAAAAACAUGGCCUGAACCGAAGCAUUAUUAAUAUUUAAUUUGAAACACUUUAUUGGAUCGCUGUAAGCGAGUUUGAUUAAGUUUUUCUGGAAGCUGAAUUUCCGGAAGUUCUGAAUCUGACGCGGAAGUCUUUCCCGGAAACCAAGAUGGCCGCUAAUUUAAACAGUAUACGUACAGUCUACAUAUAUACUACAACAGUCUACAUACUUACUACAACAGUCUACAUACAUACUACAACAGUCUACAUACACAAGAGGCUCCUUUUUUAACUUAAAGAGCUGAGAUAUUUUAAUAUUUCGCAUUGAGGAAGCUAAAAUGGCCGUCAAUUCUAAAUAAUGUAAAAUUCUCCUGCCUUAAUAAAAAGUGGACGUAAUGAUUGAAUAUACCCUGGAAACUGAAACAACAUAGUACUGGCUCAAUUUCAAGGCUAAAAUCCACAAAAGGCAGGUUUAUUUAAUUUAAAAACCGUGAAUUCCGUGUAUCCUGCGUCUUGGCUGCGAAGCUUCCGGAAGUCCCGCGGAGCGGCGCGGAAUUCCUUUCAGCAACCAAGAUGGCCGCCAAUUCUAAAUAAUAAAAAAUACUACUGCCUUAAUAAAAAGUGAACGUAAUAACUCCAUAUGCCCCGUAAUAUUGAAACAACAGAGAAACAUUGGCCCAAGUUCAAGGUUAAAAUCCACAAAAGGCUCGAUUUUAAUUUUUAAAUUCUACUACCAUAUUAAAAAGUUUUUAAAUUCUACUACCUUAUUAAAAAGUGGACGUAACAGCUGCACAUGCCCCGAAAAAUUGAAACAAUAAAGUAAGGGCCUAAUUUCAAGGUUAAAAUCCACAAAAGGCUCGUUUUUAAUUCUUGAAUUCUACUACCUUAUUAAAAAGUGAACGUAACAGCUGCACAUGCCCCGAGAAACUAAAACAAUCUUUAUUAUUGCACAUGCCCUGAGAGACUGAAACAAUAAAGUAAGGGCCCAAUUUCAAGAUUAAAAUCCACAAAAGGCAAGUUUUUACGACUUAAAAACCGGGAAUCCCGGGUAUCCUGCGUCUUGGUUGGGAGCUUCCGGAAGUCCCGUGGAGUGGUGCGGAAUUUCUCCCGGCAGCCAAGAUGGCCGCCAGUUCUAAAUAAUAUAAAAUACUACUGCCUUAAUAAAAAGCGAACGUAAUAACUGCAUAUGCCCCGUAAUACCAAAACAACAGAGAAACAUUGGUCCAAUUUCAAGGUUAAAAUCCACAAAAGGCUCGUUUUUAAUUUUUAAAUUCUACUACCUCAUUAAAAAGUGAACGUAACAGCUGCACAUGCCCCGAGAAACUGAAACAAUCUUUAUUAUUGCACAUGUCCUGAGAGACUGAAACAAUUAAGUAACGGCCCAAUUUCAAGAUGAAAAUCCACAAAAAGCAAGUUUUUACGACUUAAAAACCGGGAAUCCCGGGUAUCCUGCGUCUUGGUUGGGAGCUUCCGGAAGUCCCGUGGAGCGGCGCGGAGUUCCUUCCGGCAGCCAAGAUGGCCGGCGGGCUUGCCGGCGCGCGAUUGGCCGUCCCGAUCUCGCUUUCCUAUCCGGUCGCUUCGAUAGGUCAUAUAAAUGCGAGGAGCCGCCGCCGAUCGGUUCAGUUUCCACGAAACGAACGCUGCGGCCGACUCGCAUAGGAAUGACCGUGAUAUCGCGCGAACACGUGCGAGUAAAGUCCCCGAAAUUCGCGGGCCUCCGAAAGAGGCGAGUCUAACCUCUAAUUAUUUCGGGUCAACAUGGCGACGAAACGUUAACCCGAAAUUCGCAAAAUUUCGUGCCUCUCCGAAAACAGUGCCGCCCCCUCUUCAAUUUGUUAAACUAAUCGUCUUGCAAUUUGCAUCACAUCUCUCCUCAACGAUAUCAAAUGGAUUUUAAAUUGUGAAAUUCAGACCAUUUUUUUUUCUUUUUUCUUUUUCGAAAGUGGUGCUCGAUUAUUAAACUCCGCUAACCCGAAACUCGGAAAAUUUCGCGCCUCUCCGAAAACAGUGCCGCCCUCUAUCUUCGAUUUAUUAAACUAAUCGUCUUCCAACUUGCAUCGUAUCUCUCCUCAACGAUGUCGAAUGGAUUUUAAAUGUUAACAUUCAGACCGUUUUCCAAGUGACGAUUUUUUUCUAUUUUUUUGAAAGUAGUGCUUAAUUGUUCAAGUCUUUUGGUAAGACUUUGUCAACAGCACAAGGGGCUGCAAAUUUAUUCAGCCCGUCUGUGCAUUUUUGGUGCCGAAGAAGAGCGACCGAAGAUGAUAACCAGGGCGAAGCACUGGUGGAAAAUCGUCCUCAACGGCGACUCGAAGGGCAUCCUCGCAGGAUUAGCUGCUCAUUCGGGACAGAUCUCCGUUGGGCUUUCCCAAGGAUUCAGUGCAGUACUGGUUCCAAAGCUUCUCGACUCCCAGUUUGCGACUGUCUCGGAGACAACCUGGAUAGCAUCCCUGGGGGUGAUCUCGAAUCCUGUAGGAGCCCUCCUCGCAGGAUGUACAUCAGAGUGGUUCGGACGAAGAUCCGCAAUUGCCCUGGCGACUCUCCCCCACGCAGCAGGAUGGCUCCUGAUAGCCAUGUCUUCAAAUGUGCAGAUGCUCUACAUAGGUAGAUUCAUUAGUGGGAUCGGCACUGGGAUGGCUAAUGGAAUCUACCUAUACGUCAGCGAAGCAGCAGCACCACACCAAAGACCUUGGCUAGCGAGUUCGGGGCCAGUUUUGGUCUCCUUCGGAGUAUUAAUAAUUUACAUUCUGGGUGCCUUGACAACCUGGCAAAGAACUGCAGCCAUCGGUGUUGGUCCAGCGAUUCUCUCAUUAGCCUUAAUCAGGAUGCUUCCGGAGACUCCAGCAUGGCUAGUUUCAAAGAGUAGGCCAGAGGAAGCGAGAGAGUCUCUUCUCUGGCUUCGUGGUCCUGGCGCAGCCAUGGAAAGUGAAUAUCAAGAACUCUGCGAGUGCAACAUGAAGCGAGAAUGUCAGAAAAGCAGUUUAAUAGACGCACUUCACGAGUCCUGCGUUUGGAAGCCGUUCUUGAUUCUACUUCUUUUCUUCACUCUUCAACAAUUCUCAGGGAUUUACAUCAUCCUCUUCUACGCCGUCACAGUGUUAACAGACAUUGGUGUCAGUGUAGACGAAUACUUCGGUAGCGUUGGCAUUGGUGUUGUAAGAUUAUUUACAUCAAUAAUCGGCGCUGCCUUAGCCAGAAAUUUCGGGAGGAAGACCAUGGCCUGUAUCAGUGGUCUGGGAAUGUUCGUCUCCGCAGUUGGAGUUGCACUGUCGAUAAGGUACAACAUACCAUCCUGGAUUCCAUUGAUCUGUAUCGGCAGUCACGUUGGCUUCUCGAUGAUUGGCUAUUUGACGUUACCCUGGGUGAUGACAUCCGAGCUUUAUCCACUGAGGUUUCGAGGAUCUCUUGGUGGCUUGACGACAAGUCUUGCCCAGUUAUUAACCUUCUCUGCAAUCAAAACAUAUCCAGAUUUAAGGUCUACAAUUGGACUAGAAGCUACGGUAUGGAUAUUCAGCUGCUCGAGUCUUCUCGGUGCAGUGUUUGCCUUGACUGUGCUUCCGGAGACACUAGGUAGGAGUUUGGAACAAAUAGAAACAGCAUUUUCUCAAGAAACCGUCCAUGUUGAUCCAGAGUCACCGUCCAUGAUUGCGGCACCAAAGAAUGUGACACUUAAGAGAUACGCCUCAAUUCUGGAAGAGAAGAAUCUCGACAACACACCCUAUGUUUACGAUAACUACUGCUUCGAUUCAUCUACGGAAGGUUCCACAAAGAAAGAGAAUUGUAAAACUGUAAGCGACAAAGUAUCUAAAAGUUGCCUUUCACUGGAACAUAUGUACCUUUGAGUGAUUAUGAUAAUCACCGAUAAAUUAUGACCAUCGAUAGGGCACUGCUAAUUACAGCAGUUAUUAUUAACCCUUUGACUGUGAACGACGCAUGUAUGCAUCCGACACUUGGUCUACUAUUGCCUGUACAUGUUCAUGAAUUUCGCCGAGAGUCAAAAGAGCUUAGAAGUCAAAGGGUUAAAUAAGGCAAAGUGCGAUUGAUCAAAAUCCUUCUACGCAAGAUUUGCCACGACUCAACUACUGAAGAAGAUUACCUUUUAGAUAUUGAAUCGACCGCAGAAUGAAUCUGCUAAAAUUAUUUACGAGGUACACACAUCACAAAAUCCUGUUAAUCACGGAUCAAAUUAUAAUCAAGAGAGGUUAUACUUUGUCAUCGUUACGAAGCUAAAAAAUUCAAGCUACUGUGAUAACCAAUGAAACCGACAAAGUUUUCAAUAUAACUUAUAAGGCAUUGCAGAGCAAAGAUCCUUAUUCAUUGUUGAUGAUUCGUUCUCUCAGGAUUGUUUGUACACUCAACAAACACCAGUCAGUAUUACAGAUAUUCCUAAAUUGUGAUUUACGUAGUGUAGUUAUUUACUUAGGUACUUAGUUUCAAAACACUAGGAACUUGAAAAUAAGACACAUAAUUGGAAGUGACGAGCAGACCGUUCAUUAAUCUACAUUAAUGGAAGCGUCAUUGACAAUUUGUUAUUAUGGUAUUGCAACAUUGAUAUCGUAGGCGGUGAAGAACCUAAGUUAUCAUAUUUACACAUUGCCGAACGAGCGAUGCCUUAUUUUUAAACCAGAAACUCAGUGGACGUAUAUCUUUUUUACGAUAUAUUUAACCUUGUCUCUACUACAAGUAAAAUGUUCGAAGCAUGUAACUAAACAAUUGUAAAUACACACACAUGACUCGCCAAUCCCUCUCCGUAGUAAUUUAAAAUAAAUUAUUUCAUUUCAGUUCUCCCAAA